UUAAAAAGAUUAAAUCCUAUCGAAGCGAGCAUAGUUUAUUUUAAAGAUUUCUUACGUUAUCAUGUAUUAUGUUAAUAAGAAGGAAUUUACCGUAAUCUGAAAUUGUCUUAAUUACACACGCUUACUUUAUAAAUUAUAAACGACGAAGAAACAGCACCUGUUCCUUUCAGGUUUCCACCCAUAUCCUUUUAUAGUGAAUAAAGUAUCGCCACUAGUAAACAAGUUCAAUUAAAAGAUGUUAUAAGAUGAAACCAGUCUCUCACUUGUCUAGUUCAACAGAUCUUUCUAUGCUCUAACACACCUGGGUCUCUUGUUUAUCAUCUGAACUACAACUUUUAAUUUUAUUUUCCUAUUGAAUGAACCAUCAUUAUCAUCUUAUUAAAGAAAGAAGAUAAGCAAUUACUGAUACAAGAAUCGUUCGAACAAGAUAUAGAUGAAGAAAAAAAGAAGAAUCUGCAGAGAUACUGGAGAGAAAUAGAACCUAAAUUAAACUGUUGUAAUCUUUCAAAGCGUCAUACAGUAGCAGCAUUGACAUCAAUCGGUUUUGUUAUAACCUUUGCCAUGCGAUACAAUCUCAGUGUGGCUAUCGUCCAAAUGGUGGGAAAUUUUACAGUUCAGGGCCCAGAAUUUAAAUGGUCACCAGGUACAAUAGGUAUGGUGGAUUCGUCUUUUUUUUGGGGUUAUCUUAUCACUCACGUUCCCGGUGGAUUCUUUGCAGCUAGGUUUCCCGCCAAUAGAAUUUUUGGCACAGCAAUAGUUAUAUCAUCGUGUCUCAACUUAGCUCUGCCGAAUGCGGCUCAUAUUAACGUUGGGAUGGUUGUAUUUAUCAGGAUCCUGCAAGGAUUGGUCGAGGGAGUUAUAUAUCCGGCAUGCCAUGGAAUAUGGAGAUAUUGGGCGCCGCCUCUUGAGAGGAGUCGCUUAGCAACAAUUGCAUUUUGUGGUUCUUACGCCGGUGCAGUUUUAGGAAUGCCAUUAUCUGGCAUGCUGAUCAACAAUCUGGGUUGGGCAUCUUCUUUUUAUUUUUAUGGUUUAUUAGGUAUGCUAUGGUAUAUCGUUUGGCUUGCUGUAGUUUUCGAAAGGCCAUCAAAACAUCCAACAAUCAGUGCAGAAGAACGUAUUUAUAUUGAGCACAGUCUUGGAAAUAUCGCACAAUCUGCUCCUACUUUAAAAACUACUCCUUGGAAAUCCAUCUUGACUUCACUCCCAGUUUAUGCUAUUAUCGUUGCUAAUUUCUGUCGUAGUUGGACGUUUUAUCUUCUUAUGACAUCUCAGGCACUAUAUUUUACCGAUAUUCUUCAUUUCCAACUUGAUCAGUCCGGAGCGCUUGGAGCUUUGCCACAUUUGUUGAUGACAAUAGCAGUGCCAACUGGAGGAUAUUUAGCUGAUAUGCUAUGUAAAAAAGGAAUUCUAACUACUACAUCGGUUAGAAAAAUAUUUAAUUGUGGAGGAUUUGGUCUAGAAGCCAUUUUUCUACUUGUUGUUGGAUAUACUAGAAGUCAUGCAGCCUCAGUUGUGGCAUUAAUUUUGGCCGUUGGUGUUAGUGGAUUUGCAAUUACAGGUUUUAACGUAAAUCACUUAGAUUUAGCUCCACGUUACGCCAGCAUUCUAAUGGGUAUGUCAAAUGGUGUUGGAACAAUUGCUGGAAUCGUAUGUCCAGUGGUAGUGAAAGAACUUACUAAAGAUGGGACAGCUAAAGAAUGGGAGAACGUAUUUCUCAUAUCCAGCAUCAUUCAUCUGACCGGAGUAGUAUUUUAUGCAAUUUUUGCGUCUGGAGAAUUGCAACCGUGGGCAGAGCCACCAGCAGAAGAGGUUCUUCCAUGGAAUCCUUUAGAGGGAGCUUUUAAAAAUGAUAAAUGCGACAAUCAAAACGGUUCCAUCCCGAUUGCAUUAACCGAAAUCAAACAAAUCUCUUAUGGCACGACAGAUGACGCCAAAACUCCAUAAAUUUAAUGUAAAUAUCGGUCAUAUUUGUUGUUAAAACUUCAAUGUUAAUCUAUGAAAAUUAUACUAAUAUAUUAUGUAAACAAUGUAAGAAUUUUAUUUGUGUAUAAAU